AUGCCUCAGAGAGCAAUAAGGAGAGAAGAAGUCAUUCCAGCAAGGAUGUACGUGCGCGCUCUUUAUAACUACACUUCGGAAGAUCCCACCAGCUUGAGCUUUAGCCAGGGCGAUGUGAUCACGGUGAUCACACAGCUGGAAAGUGGGUGGUGGGAUGGCAUAGUUCACAACCAGCGAGGAUGGUUCCCCAGCAACUAUUGCGAACUCAUCUCUCCUCACGAGGUGACGCAAAACGGUAGCACUCAAUCUCCGCUGGAAGACAGCGAUGAAUAUGAAGACGACUCUUACGAUGACGAUGAAUACGAGGAGGAGGACGACGACGACCCAGAGCGUGGGAUGCCGUCGCCGAUUCUGCCGCUUGAAGGUACGGAUGAUAGAGAGAACGACGAGGCUGCGUUUUGGAUACCUCAAGCGACGCCGGAUGGAAGGUUAUAUUAUUUCAAUACAAACACAGGAGUAAUGAGGACCGAUCUUCCGCUGGAGGCACCAACUUCGACAACAGAGUCAGGUCCUCGAGAUAGAUCAACUUUCUCUGCCCCCGAUCAGACUCGGCCACCGCCUGAGCUCCUGGAAAGGGCCUAUGGAAGAGACGAAUCAGGUAAUCAGAAUUUCGGAGAGGAGGAAGAAGGCGAUUCGGCUUCCGAUGUUGGAGAAGGUGAAAUGUUGGUUUUGUCAAUGCACAGCCCUGGACCCUCGCGAGACAACGGUGGUCAGUAUUUUAUUCCUGCAAAAACCACAAAUAUAGAAUGUGUAAACUCAUUUAAUCUUCUAGAACGUGAAUCGCAGGCCACACUAGUAGACAGCACCGCAUCAGUCGACUCCGGGAACCUCCAAAAUGGCUUCAGACUUGGACAUUCUCCCUCGUUCUCAACAUCGACCGCAGCUACCGCCCUUAAUGUUGGAAAUGGCGUCACUAACGGCCAUCCCAUCACAUCUCCGGUCGUUGACACAAGGUUCGACAAUACCGUCACCAUAUAUUACGAGGAUGGUAUAAGUAUACCAACAUCGUGGGAUGAACUGAUAGAGUCUACUCGGCUUACAGUUGAGAGAUAUCGGAAAGCGAUCAAUACCUUUGACCGCUCAAAUUAUGUUGCUCGGGCAGAAGACAUAUCCGAUAUGCUUCGAUUAUUGAUCACAGCGGGCUCGGGAACCACCGAUAACCAUUCUGGGCAGCCGUCAAUAAUUAUGCGAAACACUACUUUAAAUCCCCAUUUCAGACACUUCAUGGCCGCAUUCUCAAAACUCGUCCUAUCUUCGCAUGUAGCAGCAACAGAUUGUCCUCCACCAGAUGCUGAAUCAAAAUGUUUGGCGGAGGCGGAUGAGGUGAUGGUUGGUGUCUUUGGUUUUGCAGAUAUUGCUAAAGCACAGAGAGAAGGAAAACUGCCCCGGCUGAAACCAGGUUUUAUUCAUGGAAGUCAGUAUGGAAUCAACUGGCGAUCUGGAACUUUAUCAGCGGCAAGUCAAGGGGCAAUAACCUCUCCGCUGGAAGUUGAGCUGGUAAACAAGAUGGAAGAAUUGACUUCUCUUGUGAAGCCCGCCUUGAGACGACUUGAGAAUUCUUUGGAACCUCCAUCAGAAGCCGUGAUUACAGAGUAUGGACAGGGUCUCACCAGCUCAAACCUUAUCAACAUAGCCUCAACUGCAUUCGAUAUCAUGCGGAGGUACUUUUACGUUAUUGAUACUAUCAACUUGUCAGCUUUGACGGCAUCCCCGAACCACCCCACUCUAUUAGAUUUUUCAAGUCAGAGACAGCGAUUGCACGACUCCUUUGCGGAUCUGUUUAUGGCUUGCCAGGCAGUCUCUGCCCCAUUAGCUGACGAAUGGACGGCAUGUCGCGGGGACGCUUUGGAAGACAGGCUGAAUUCAGUCCGGGGAUAUAUAAAGGAGGUGGAUAGUGGAAUAAGUGCCCUGAACUUUUCAAUAUCGUUGCUUGUUGAGGAGAGAGAUAGCCGGGAGCCUAGGGAGAUCACGACGGAAGAUCUCACGCGGAAGGACUCUGUAUAUCCCGGUAUGCAGGGUCGUCCAACGCAUCAACGUUCGUCAUCACGUCACCAGAAUACUUCGAGAGCCCCAUCGGUGAUGGAUAGACCGCUUCCUCAAGGCGGGAAAUCCAAAAUCACCAAAAUAUUUGGUGAAGAGCCUCCUCCAGAAACACCAUGGUACCUUGCAUGCGAUCAUGAUAGUGAGAUCGUAUACGGUGCGAAGGGUAAGGUGAAGGGUGGCUCAUUGGUAGCUCUGGUUGAACGUGCCUCUCGUCACGAUAUGCUGGACUCAAACCUGAUCAGUACAUUCUUACUCACCUAUCCCUCAUUUACGACUGCGUCCGAGCUCUUCAAUCAACUUGUCCGAAGAUUUACGGUUCAACCUCCUUCUGGGCUGUCAGCAACCGAUUUCGAGAUAUGGACUGAGAAGAAACAAAAGCUUAUUCGUGUACGAGUUUUGAGUAUCAUGAAAAUGUGGCUGGAACAGAAUUGGAUGGAGGGGCUAGAUGAUGCAGCGAAAGAACUUUUGAGGAAGAUGCACACGUUUGCCAAGGAUGUCAUGCUGCCGCAGUUAUCAGGGGCCAACCAAGUUCUAUCGCUCAUUGAUACACGAUUACGUGGUCAGGAGCCCGAGAUGAAGCGCAUGGUUCUGAACAUGGUUUCUCAGCCACCCCCACCAAUUCUACCAAAGCACAUGAAAAAGCUCAAGUUCUUGGACAUUGAUGCUUUGGAAUUUGCUCGUCAAUUGACCAUCAUUGAAUCCAAAUCAUAUGGAAAAUUAAAGGCAGCUGAGUGCCUGAGCAAGGGGUGGAGUAAGCCACCGAAUGGUGGACCAGAUCCCGCUGAGAAUAUCAGAGCUAUCAUCAUGCAGUCCAACAGACUUACGAACUGGGUUGCGGAAAUGAUUUUAACCCAGAACGAAGUUCGAAAGCGAGUGAUUGUGAUCAAGCAUUUCAUCGCAGUGGCUGAGAAAUGUCGACAAUUGAAUAACUUCUCGACGCUCACUGCCAUUCUUGCAGCGUUACAGACAUCUUCUAUUCAUCGUUUGAAGAGGACAUGGGAACACGUACCAACCAGGACUAAUGCUAUUUUGGAAGGAAUGAAUACUUUGAUGGGGGCGACCAUGAACUUUGCUGAGUAUCGAGAGAUGCUUCACAUUGUCAAUCCUCCUUGUGUUCCGUUCUUGGGUGUUUACUUGAAGGAUCUCACCUUCGUUGCCGACGGAAACGAGGAUUUCAUCAAGGGAGAUAAAGGCUUCAUCAAUUUUGACAAGCGUGUCAAGACCGCCAACAUCGUGCGCGAAAUUCAGCAGUAUCAAUCAGUACCAUAUCCAUUGCAACCGGUACCGGAACUUCAGGAAUACAUCAUCACAAACAUGCAAAGUGCCCGAGAUGUCAAUGACAUGUACAACUUGUCACUAUCUUUGGAGCCAAGAGAGAGAGAGGACGAGAAAAUUGCGAGGUAA